AUGCAGCCAAAAACACAAAAAAUCUUUUCUCCAACCACCGUCCUAAAAAAUCCUCCAAGUCCAAGCUCCAUUUUUUCCUAUUUUUGUCCAAUCAUCAAUGAAAAUUAUCAGACCAUUAGCGAUGUCGACUCACCUCAAAACCUAGCGAUCCUCAGGCUCCGGAGGAGAGCUUCGAUCCUCCGUUGCCUUUCUCGGGCUUUUGCGGAUGCACCAUCUUUCAAUUCAGGCUCAUCCUUCACCAAUAUUUUUGAGGACAACAUGUCACUAUGAACCCAUUGAACUUGGUGCCCUAUAGGAAGAUGAGAAAUAUAGUGGAAACAUUAAUAGUUUGCGGAGUGAUUGAUAAAUUUGAAAGGGAACUGUAAUUUCAUGGAUACGAGAAGAGAAGGACUUGGGCCUGCAAGCCAGAAGUUUGUGCAGGUUCCAUCGGCUUCUACAAACACCAAUGCUAGGGCACCAGAGGCUACUGGGUCUAGUACUGUUAGGCCUGUCCUGAAUUUCUCAAUUCAGACAGGCGAGGAGUUUGCACUUGAAUUCAUGAGAGAGAGGGCGAUAUCCAAGAACCCAUCAGCUUCAAAUUCAUCUGGAGGUCAAAAUCAUGCCACUGGUUAUAUGGAUUUAAGGGGCAUGUUAGGAAUUUCUCAUGCAGGAUCUGAAAGUGGGUCUGAUGUUUCAAUGCUUAUGAGCGGAGAUAAAUCCCCUUUUAAGGAAAUGGAGAAGAGAAACCUCUCUGAAAUUGAAAACAAAGGACGAUAUGCUUCUUCAAGGUCCGCCCCAAGACCAUCGUUAGGCAUUUCUCAUGGCCAUUCCUCUUCAGGGGCUUCUGAUUCCUCAAAGAAGAUGAAAGUCCUCUGCAGUUUUGGUGGUAAAAUUUUACCCCGACCAAGCGAUUCUAAACUGAGAUAUGUUGGAGGUGAUACACGAAUUAUUCGUAUUAGCAAGGAUAUCUCCUGGCAAGAGCUCAUGCAAAAGACAUUAACUGUAUAUAACCAACCUCACACCAUCAAAUAUCAAUUGCCUGGAGAGGAUCUUGAUGCCUUGGUAUCGGUUUCUUGUGAUGAAGAUCUCCAAAAUAUGAUGGAGGAGUGCAGCUUUCUUGGAGGCGGAGAGGGUUCACAAAAGCUGAGGAUGUUUCUCUUUUCUUCAAGUGAUUUUGAUGAAACCCAUUACGGUUUAGGCAGCACCGAGGGAGAUUCUGAAGUGCAGUAUGUUGUUGCUGUCAAUGGGAUUGAUCAAGCUGUUAGAUCUUCAAGUGAGCAUGGAUUUGCGACCACAUCAGCGAGCAAUAUGGAUCAGUUACUUAAUCUUAAAGUUGAAUUUGACAGAAAUGCUUCAAAUAGAGCUCCAACAGAGUCAGCUGGAAAUCAAACUGCACCCUUUUCUGGCAAUUCUGUACCUCCAACAACAGCAUCAUCACUUCUGCAGGAAAGCUCGUCUAGGGACUGUGAUUCCCAUUUGAACUUGCACAAUAAUGUUCAAAAUGCAAAUAGCAGAAUCUCCAUCCCUGGAUCUGUUCCUUCCGACUAUGGCUAUAGUUCUCAAUAUGCACCUCCUGGAGGAACUUCUGCUCCAUUGCCACCUAAUGAUCUACUAUUUGCAAACCAAGGUUUUACAGAAGGACUACACGGUACCAGAGUUCAUAGUCAAGGGGUGAAGGAAUCAAAAUCAACGGUCGAUAAUUCAACGCAGCAAAAAGGUGGAAGUGGAACCGUCCAAACUUUGGGCAAUGAAUCUACAAAAUCCAUGCAGAAGCAUGAUGAUUCAGUUUCAAAACAUGAGCCUGCAACAGAAACAUCUAAUGUUGAUUCUUAUACCGAUUAUGAUUCUGAAUUUAAUGAAGACGACCAAUAUGCAUCUGGUGGAGUUUUUGAUUCAGGAUUUUCUGACAGUGAUCCAAUUUCGCGUCAUACAAGAGUCUUUCAUUCUGAAAGGAUUCCUCGGGAGCAGGCUGCUUUCAUGAAUCGCUUGUCGAAGUCGGAUGAUUCUAUUGAUCCACAGUAUCUACUACUUCAGUCACAAUCUUGGGCAGCUCGAGAGUCCAUUGCUGAAGGUGCUGAUCCUUUGGAUGAAGGAAAUUUGGUUUCUCAUAGUGGUAAGUCUUCAGCAGCAAAGCCACCUCUUCCUACUACUUCAACCAUUGAGAAUGGCUUAUACCAGUUCGAGAAAAAUAAAGAGUUGGUGAACACAAUCACAAAAGCAAAGAUGGAGUCUGUUUCAGCUCCAGAAGUAUUAGUGGCUGAAAGAACAGAAGGAGCUAUGGUGGAGAGCUCAACCAUUGAUAAAGGAUCUGCGUCUAAGCAGCAAGAAAAUCCAGCUACAAUUCUACCAGAGAUUCAUUGGGAGGAGUUAACCGUCAAGGUUGCUACUGAACAAGCCUCAGAUGGAACCUCUACGCUAGGGAAGAAAGAUACUAUUGUUGAUAUCAAUGAUCGACUUCGUCAUGAUCUACUCACUGAUAUUUUUUCAAAGGCUAGAUUAGCUGAGGAUUCAUCAGGUGUGAUCCCUCUUCGCAAAGAAGAUGCUGGAAUCAGUGUGAACAUGCAGAAUCAUCAACCUAAACGCUGGUCUUUCUUCAGAAAUUUGGCCCAAGCUGAGUUUACACACAAGGGCAUUUCUCUUAUGGAUCAAGAUCACAUCAACUCUUCUCCAUUGAAGAAUGAGGGGUUUGAGUUAGGUCAAAUGGAUUCACAAAUGGAGUUCAAUGAGGAGUUGCAGAAAGAGUUAUCAGGUGCUAUUGUAAAGGGCAAGGGCGGUGAAGGCUUGCAGGUGGAGAAUCCUUAUCCAGUUGCAGGAGAGAACACACUGACAACUGACUCAGCCUAUGAGGAGUUGAAAUUUGCUAUUGGGGAAGCUGGUCAGUCUGUAGUUGAUGCUUCGGUGGGUGACCUAGAUCUCAGUGACUUGCAGACUAUUAAAAAUGAUGAUCUUGAGGAGCUUAAAGAAUUGGGUUCUGGCACAUUUGGAACUGUCUACCAUGGGAAAUGGAGGGGCAGCGAUGUCGCCAUUAAGCGAAUAAAGAAGAGUUGCUUUACAGGCCGUUCAUCUGAGCAAGAGCGACUGACACUUGAGUUUUGGCGUGAGGCUGAGAUUCUUUCAAGGCUUCAUCAUCCAAAUGUGGUUGCUUUCUAUGGGGUUGUACAAGAUGGACCGGGAGGUACAUUAGCAACUGUGACAGAAUAUAUGGUCAAUGGUUCCCUGAGACAUGUUUUACUACGCAAAGACAAGUACCUAGAUCGCCGUAAACGGCUCAUAAUUGCCAUGGAUGCAGCAUUUGGAAUGGAAUAUUUGCAUUCUAAAAACAUUGUACAUUUUGAUUUAAAGUGUGAUAACUUGCUUGUGAACCUUAAAGAUCAGUCACGACCCAUUUGUAAGGUAGGUGAUUUUGGUUUGUCAAAAAUUAAGCGAAAUACCCUGGUUUCUGGUGGUGUGAGGGGGACAUUGCCAUGGAUGGCUCCAGAAUUAUUGCAUGGGAGCAGCAAUAAGGUGUCUGAAAAGGUUGAUGUAUUUUCCUUUGGCAUAGUCAUGUGGGAAAUUCUCACCGGGGAGGAGCCUUAUGCCAAUAUGCAUUAUGGUGCCAUUAUAGGAGGUAUUGUGAAUAAUACACUGAGGCCGCUUGUGCCAGUGUCGUGCGACCCAGAAUGGAGGAGACUGAUGGAGCAGUGUUGGGCUCCCGACCCACAACAGCGGCCUACCUUCACUCAGAUAGCCAGUCGAUUGCGAUCCAUGUCCGUGGCUAUUCAAUCUAAAACAAGCAAGUGAUGCCUACAUUGAGUCCUGUAUUUGUUUGUUGAUCGUAGCAUUUGAGGCUUUGAUUUCUUGUGUGUGUGUGUGUUCAUUGUUAUCGCAUAAUGUGUAUGUAUGUGUGUGUGAUUAAUGUAUAUUACUGAGAGACAGGGAUUUGGUUUCCAUUGUUAAAUGUGUCAAUAAUGUGAAAAUGUUGAUGAGAAGGUGUUAUUUAUGGAAGGAGGUGGUGAUUUAUUUCAGCCAUUUAUAGGGGCUUAGUUA